GGAAUCAAGGACAUUUCGCUUGACAGGUUUAUGCAUGGCGGAGCCAAUGUUACAGGAUUCCAGCUGGUGGAUUUUAAUACUCCAAUAGUGACGGAAUUAAUGCAGAGGUGGAAGACACUGGACCAGCGGGAGUACCCAGGAUCUGAAACCCCUCCAAAGUAUACAUCUGCACUGACUUAUGAUGGUGUUCUUGUAAUGGCUGAAGCUUUUCGUAAUUUAAGAAGACAAAAAAUUGAUCUUUCAAGAAGAGGAAAUGCAGGAGACUGUCUUGCUAAUCCUGCUGCUCCAUGGGGUCAGGGGAUUGAUAUGGAAAGAACAUUAAAGCAGGUUCGAAUACAGGGUCUAACUGGAAAUGUACAGUUUGACCAUUAUGGCCGAAGGGUCAACUACACAAUGGAUGUUUUGGAGCUAAAAAGUACAGGCCUCAGGAAGAUUGGUUACUGGAAUGAUAUGGAUAAGCUUGUUUUGCUACAGCAUGAACCAUCUUUUAGAAAUGACAGUUCCGCCAUUGAAAACCGGACAGUCAUUGUUACUACAAUUCUGGAAGCCCCUUAUGUAAUGUACAAGAAAAACCAUGAGCUGUUGGAAGGAAAUGAUAAGUUUGAAGGAUAUUGUGUAGAUCUGGCCUAUGAAAUUGCAAAACAUAUUGGUAUCAAGUAUAAAAUUGCCAUUGUUCCUGAUGGAAAAUAUGGAGCAAGAGAUUCAGACACAAAGAUCUGGAAUGGAAUGGUGGGAGAGCUUGUAUAUGGGAAAGCUGAGAUUGCUGUGGCUCCUUUGACUAUCACCCUGGUGCGAGAGGAGGUCAUCGAUUUCUCUAAACCUUUCAUGAGCUUAGGAAUUUCCAUUAUGAUAAAAAAGCCACAAAAAUCAAAACCAGGAGUCUUUUCAUUUUUGGACCCAUUGGCUUAUGAAAUUUGGAUGUGCAUUGUUUUUGCUUACAUUGGCGUCAGCGUAGUCCUUUUUCUUGUAAGCCGAUUUAGUCCUUAUGAGUGGCAUACGGAAGAACCAGAAGAUGGAAAAGAAGGACCCAGUGAUCAGCCUCCAAAUGAAUUUGGGAUUUUCAAUAGUCUUUGGUUCUCCCUUGGAGCCUUCAUGCAGCAAGGAUGUGAUAUAUCACCAAGAUCUCUCUCAGGUCGCAUUGUUGGAGGCGUAUGGUGGUUUUUUACCCUCAUUAUUAUCUCAUCUUAUACGGCUAAUUUGGCUGCCUUUUUAACGGUUGAAAGAAUGGUUUCACCAAUAGAAAGUGCUGAAGACCUUGCCAAACAAACAGAAAUUGCAUAUGGAACACUUGAUGCUGGUUCAACUAAGGAAUUUUUCAAAAGGUCGAAAAUUGCUGUUUAUGAAAAAAUGUGGACCUAUAUGAAAUCUGCUGAACCAUCAGUAUUUACCAAGACGACAGCGGAAGGAGUCGCCCGUGUACGGAAAUCUAAAGGAAAAUUUGCUUUUCUUCUGGAAUCCACUAUGAACGAGUACAUCGAGCAGAGAAAACCUUGCGAUACAAUGAAAGUUGGAGGAAAUCUGGAUUCGAAAGGAUAUGGAGUGGCAACACCUAAGCAUUCUCUAUUAAGAACUCCUGUAAACCUUGCCGUUUUGAAACUCAGUGAGGCAGGCGUCUUAGACAAGCUGAAAAAACAAAUGGUGGUACGAUAA